AUGGAGAAACUUCGUCUUCCAACCUUCAAAGGUCUCUCCGACCCUUCUACUCAUGUCACGUCCUUCAACAUAGCGAUGCGACGCGCAAAUCUGACCGACGAAGACAAAGACGCCGGCUUUUGCCAACUCUUCGUCGAAACCCUAGAAGGACCGGCCCUUACCUGGUUCACAGGCCUCAGAGAAAACUCCGUCGAUUGUUUCCACGACCUCUCGACGGCCUUCCUGAAGAAUUAUAUCAUGUUCACCAACCAAGAAACGACCGUGUCAGAUUUGUGGAACCUCACUCAUACCAGCGGCCAAAGCCUCCGCGACUUCAUGGAGAAGUUCAAGGCUAUCGUCUCGAAAGUUGAUAUUCCUGAUCCUAUCGCUGUCGAGUCUCUGAUGAACACUUUGCACGUUGACUCCACGUUCCGUCAGGAUCUUUACCGAUACCCGACGAAAUCUGUGUCCGACGCCAUCGCUCGCUCGAACAACUUUAUCUGCAUGGAAGAAGACACAAGAGCAAAGUUUGCAAAAGAAGCAGCAGCGAAACAGCGACCCGCCCGAACAAACGACACCCGCCCUGAGCCCCGCCAGCACUCCUCCGGUGGGAAUACAACUCAGAAGCGAGGCUACGUUAGCUCGGUCGGCGACGAGGAAUCGCCAAAAACAGCAGCCGUCACGCGAGAGAAAGCCUGGAACCACUGGGAUCGAGACUCCGCCUCGAAGCAAUCAAAGUCGUCCGAACCAGCGAGUUCAAACUCCGAGGAGCCAAAGAAAUGGUGCCUCUACCACAAAAGGGAUUCCCAUGAUACGAAAGAAUGCAAAGUCCUCAUCGGGCAAUUUUUCGACGGGAUCACUAACGGGACAAUUCAAAUGCCCACCUCUCCAACGACACCGAAAAACACCAAAAGUUGGAGUAAGAAGUCUCAACAGAAACACAGAAGUCUCAACAGAACACGGCCCCGAGCGAGGAAAGAGCGAGCCCUGAGCGCACUCCUGUCAACAACGUUGGCCCCGCCAACGAUUCGUCAGAAGACGAACAUCCGCGUCGCCGGCGACGAGUGGAAGUCGUACUCUCUCGCCCUUGUGACUCCUCUGACGACGACUCCUCGACAAUGCAACCAGAUUUACGCGACAAACUGA